AUGGGAAGCCGGUGCCAGGAAGUUUAUGUAGCCGUAGGAAUAGACAUAUUAGAAGGCGCCUAUACUCUCCAAUGGACUCUCCACAACAAACCAGCUGACUCUCUAAUUUUACUCCAUGUUCAGCUUCCGAUUACAACCAUUCCAUCGCUAGUUGGGAAUAUCCCUGUUAAACAAGUAUCUAUGAGUAUGGUGAACGAGCACAAGGAGGGUGAAGAGAAAAAGUUAAAGGAUUGUAUGGAACUUUACAAGCAAUUUUGCUCCCGAUCCAAGGUGGAAGCAAGGCCUUUGAUAGUUGAGAGGGCUGAUGUUUCCAGGGGAAUUGUCGAAAUGGUUUUAGAGCUGGGCAUCAGGAAGCUUAUCAUGGGCACAUCGUUACCAGGCAGUGCAAAAUCCAAGAAAAAGAUGCAAGUAACAGGCAAAGCAGGUUACGUCCUAAGUCACGCGAUCAACUCUUGCGAAAUAUCGAUCGUUUGUAAAGGAACACUUGUAGCAGCAAGGGAAGGAUCUGUAACGGAUAAUGAGGAUUUUGCUCGAUCGUUUUCAUUGCAGCCAAAGCUCCAACCAGAUUUGGCCGCCUCCGUUAAAACUCCGGGGAAUCUUUCAGCUGCGGGAGAAGAGAACCAGUCUCGUUUCGAAGCAUCGAUGGAUAUAACGCCUGUGAUUAGUGAACUCUUUUCUAGUAUACAAGUGGAAGAAAAUCGACAAAUUGAUGGAGAUGAAACUCAUAACAAUGUCCAACUCAGGGAGGCGUUGGAAGUGGCGGAGAAUGCAAGGAGAGAAAUGCACAGAGAGACCGUAAGGCGUCAGAAUUCAGAGAGAGAAGUAGAAAAAGAGACCGUUAGACGUAAGAAUGCAGAGAGAGAACUCAUAAAGGAGAUCGUAAGACGUAAGAAUGCAGAGAGAGAAGUGGAAAAAGAGACGGUAAGACGAAAGAAAGCAGAAGCCGCUGAGAUGCAAUCACUUCGCAAGUUAAGAGCCAGUGAAACUGGCCUAGAGGACGCGAAAUCGGUCUCAAAAAUGAAAGAAGAGAAUUGCCAAGAGUUAACGAGGCGGCUAAAAGAAGUGGAAGAGGAACUUCAAGCAAUGAUCGACAAGGGGAUUUCACUGGCCACACAAGUUGCGGAAUUCUCACAUGAACAUGAUCAAGCUGUCCAGGAGCUCGAAGCCGCAGAACAGAAGCUCAUGGUGGUGGAGAUGCAAAAUUACCACAUUUUGAAAGAAAAGGAGGAAGAAAUUAAACAGCUUCAAGAGCUGUUGCAUUCUACGUCUCGCCUCGAAACCCCCUCUUCCUCCUCAAAUAACCUUGAAUUCCGUGAAUAUUCAAUGGAAGACAUUAAAGCCGCUACUGGGAACUUCUGCAACCAUACCAAACUUGGAGGCGGCGGCAACGGAACCGUUUACAAAGGCCAAAUUGGACAAGCAACGGUUGCCGUGAAAAUGGUCUGUAAGGACAGUUUGCAGGGCCGCCAGGAGUUCCAACGUGAGAUCGAUAUUUUAAGAGACAUUCGGCAUCCCAAUUUGGUGACAGUCGUAGGAGCGUGUUUCAAGCAUGGUUGUAUACUUUAUGAAUAUAUGACUAACGGAAGCCUAGCUGAUCGUCUGAGCUGCAAAGACGCCACUCCGCCGCUGCCCUGGCACACCAGAAUUCGCAUUGCUGCGGAUAUUUGCUCCGGUUUACAAUACUUACACAAUUUAAAGCCAGAUCCAAUAGUCCACCACGAUCUGAAGCCCGAAAAUAUACUCCUCGACAAGAAUCAUGUAGGCAAAAUCGGCGACUUCGGCCAAGCUCGUCGUCUAUCACGAGAUGUGCAGAAAGAAUCAGAGCUAAAAGGCACAUAUUUGUAUAUGGAUCCUGAAUACCAGAGUAACGGCGAGUACACUACCAAAUCCGAGGUUUACAGCUUCGGAAUGAUUUUACUUCAGCUUCUCACGGGGAAAGCGGAGUUAGGACUGGUAAAGGAGGUUGAAAGUGCGCUAGAAAAUUCAAAAUUGGACGAGUUUUUGGAUCCUUCAGCCGGUGAAUGGCCAUUCCCGCUGGCUACUCAACUGGCUUAUCUUGCUUUACAUUGCACGGAAGCAGUAAGAAAGAAUAGACCGGACAUUCAGCCAAGUGUGAUGCAAAUGCUGGAUAAACUUCGACAUUUUACAGUCGUUCCCCCUGAGAUCAGCAGAACUGGCAACGCUGAAGAAACACAUGUUCCGAGCUUCUUCUUCUGUCCAAUAUCAAUGACUAUUAUGCGAGAUCCUUGUGUUGCCGCAGACGGCUUCACAUACGAAAGGGAGGCAAUUAAAGAGUGGUUCGAUCGUGGAAACAGCACAUCGCCCAUGACAAAUAAAAAGCUUGAGCAUAAGGAUCUGAUCGCUAACCAUUCUUUGAGAUCAGCCAUUCGACAGUGGCAAGAAAGAGGAAAUCUCCUCCCUGAUUAUGCUCCCAUUCUUAAAUGUUCACAUUUAGAUAUUGGAGAUACCAAGUUGGGAAAUGUAAGUCUUGUAAACUUCUGGAAAACAAUGGAAAAGGAGGAUAAGACUUUGAUAGCUCAAAGAUUAUUAGACAGUGGACUAGCUCACGCAGUAGGAUAUCUCACAUUGGUGCAAUGUCUAGAGUUAGUUCUAGAAUGCAUGAAAGGAUUUAAUCCAGAGACAAAAGAAAUUAGGAUGACAGAAGGUAACGUGCUCGCCAAACUUGAUCCAGUUUCCAUUGCUAUAACUUUCAGUGUUAUACCAUCAAUCAUGCUACAAAAUCCUCCACCCAUUCCUUGGGGCCCUUCAAUAGGUCCUUUGGCUUUGGGAAAUCAGUUACAUGACUUGCCAACUGGCUCAAGAAAGCAUCUUCCAAAAUUUUCAAGAGAUGGAAAAGUUUCUGCAGAAGAUCACAUUGGUGCUUUCUUUACCGCAUGUGUAAUCCUUGGAGUUCAAUAUGAAAAUGUCUCUAUUCGACUCUUUUUUGAAACUCUUAUCGAUGCCACAACUGAAUGGUUUAAUCAGCUGUCAACGGGUUCUAUCCAUAAUUGGGUGACUCUGAUACAAAAAAUUGAAGAUGGAUUCAAAACUAUCAAUGAUGGACACUUGCUUCUUGCACAGUUGACUCAGAUGAAGAAACAAGCGCACGAACCUAUGAGAGAAUUUGUGGCAUGA